CGGGAGCUCAGCUAGCUGAGGAGAAAGCGGCGCGGUGCGGCGCGGCGCCGGGAGGAUAUGGGAUGGCAAACAGGUUAGCAGAGAAGCCUCGGACAGAGUGCUGGUGGAUUUAGCUGCUCUUCGCCCCCUCCUGGCAGCCCUGGGCCUCCUCCUGGGCACGCCCUGCGCUAUGGACUCCCCGGGCUACAACUGCUUUGUGGACAGGGAUAAGAUGGAUGCCACCAUCCAGGACCUGGGGCCCAAGGAGCUGAGCUGCACCGAGCUGCAGGAGCUGAAGCAGCUGGCGCGCCAGGGCUACUGGGCCCGCAGCUACACCCUGCGGGGAAAGGUGUACCAGCGCCUGAUCCGGGAUAUCCCCUGCCGCACGGUCACACCAGACGCCAGCGUGUACAGUGACAUCGUCGGCAAGAUCGUGGGCAAGCACAGCAGUGGAAGCCUGCCCUUGCCCGAGUUUGUAGACAACACGCAGGUGCCCAGCUACUGCCUGAACACACGGGGCGAGGGCGCCGUGCGUAAGAUCCUGCUGUGCAUCGCCAACCAGUUCCCUGAUGUCUCCUUCUGCCCCGCGCUGCCUGCGGUCGUGGCCCUGCUGCUCCACUACAGCAUCGACGAGGCCGAGUGCUUCGAGAAGGCCUGCCGCAUCCUGGCCUGCAACGACCCCAGCAAGAAGCUAAUCGACCAGAGCUUCCUGGCCUUCGAGUCUUCCUGCAUGACGUUCGGGGACCUGGUGAACAAGUACUGCCAGGCAGCCCACAAGCUGAUGGUGGCCAUUUCAGAGGACGUCCUGCAGGUCUAUGCGGACUGGCAGCGGUGGCUGUUUGGGGAGCUGCCCCUCAACUACUUUGCUCGCGUCUUUGACGUCUUCCUGGUGGAAGGUUACAAGGUGCUGUACCGCGUGGCGCUGGCAAUCCUCAAAUUCUUCCACAAGGUGAGAGCUGGGCAGCCGCUGGAGUCAGACAACGUGAAGCAGGAUAUCCGCACCUUUGUCAAGGACAUCGCCAAGACUGUGUCUCCCGAGAAGCUGCUGGAGAAAGCGUUUGCCAUCCGCCUCUUUUCUCGGAAGGAGAUUCAGCUCCUACAGAUGGCCAAUGAGAAAGCUCUGAAGCAGAAGGGCAUCACUGUCAAGCAGAAGAGGCAGUUUGUGCACCUGGCUGUUCAUGCAGAGAACUUCCACUCAGAGAUUGUUGGCGUGAAGGAGAUGAGAGACAUCUGGUCAUGGGUCCCUGAGCGGUUCGCCCUCUGCCAGCCCCUCCUGCUCUUCUCUUCGCUGCAGCACGGGUACAGCCUGACCAGGUUCUAUUUCCAGUGUGAAGGACACGAGCCCACCCUCCUGCUCAUCAAGACCACGCAAAAGGAGGUGUGUGGAGCUUACCUGUCAACAGACUGGAGUGAGAGAAACAAGUUUGGAGGCAAGCUGGGCUUCUUUGGGACCGGAGAAUGCUUUGUGUUUAGGCUGCAGCCCGAGGUCCAGCGCUACGAGUGGGUGGUCAUCAAACACCCAGAGCUGACCAAGCCUGUGUCCUUGGAGUCUACCACCAUUCUGUCCUCGCCCUGCCACUCUGUGUCCUCAGACCCUGCUGACCGCCUCUCGCCGUUCCUGGCUGCUCGACACUUCAACCUGCCCUCCAAGACGGAGUCCUUGUUCAUGGCCGGGGGCAACGACUGCCUCAUCAUAGAAACAUUUGAAAAUUUAUUUCAAAAACAAAAAAUUAGGGACUUCCCUGGUGGCACAGUUGUUCAGAAUCCACCUGCCAAUGCAGGGGGCAUGGGUUCGAUCCCUGGUCCGGGAAGAUCCCACAUGCCGUGGAGCAACUAAGCCCGUGCGCCACAACUACUGAGCCUGCGCUAUAGAGCUGCAAGCCACAACUACUGAGCCCGCAAGCCACAACUACUGAAGCCUGCGCACCUAGAGCCCGUGCUCCGCAACAAGAGAAGCCACCACAAUGAGAAGCCCGUGCACUGCAACGAAGAGUAGCCCCUGCUCACCACAAGUGCAGAAAGCCCACGCGCAGCAACGAAGACCCAACGCAGCCAAAAAUUAAUUAAUUUUUUAAAUUUUUAUAAAUAAGAAAAGCAAAAAAUUGAACAUAGAUUAAACCAAUUCAUUAUCAAAGUGGACUAUGCAUUUAAGGCUUUAGAAAAUCAGUUUUUAAAAAAUAAUUUGUAAUACAAGAGUAAGUCAUUUGUAUUUUAUGAGUUUUUCAGUUUUAAUUAUUGAAUUAAAAUAAGUAUUUCAAUUUUUCCUAUUUUUAUAAGUUCCAUGCCUAUUAUUUUUUUCAGGAUUUCAGGGCAACUUGUUUUAGAAAAUUCUGAAGAUUUCACAAGGGCUUCAAAUUUCUUUUAUCUAUUUCCUGAAGCCACAGAGCCUUUAUAAUAGUCUCCUUACAUAUUUUAUGUUUAGUAGAUUCAGUUUUUGUCACUUUAUUUUGAAAUAAUUUUAGAUUUACAGAAGAGUUUCAUGGAUGGUAUAGAGCUCCCACGACCCCUCCCUACCCUCCCCCAGUGUUAAUAGUGCAUGUUUAUCAAACCUAAGAAAUGACCAUUAGUAUGAUGCUGGAAACUUAAACUACAGUCUGUAUUCAGAUUCCCUCAGUUUUUCUAUAGUCGUUUUUGUUCCAGGAAUAGAUUUAAUUUUUAUAACUGUUUACUUCCUCAUAUUUUAGUUAAAUCCUGAAUGUCAUUAAGUUCACAUGACUAACACUGGUCAAAAAAAAAUUGCCAUAAUUAGGCCGUACAGUGACUGUGUCAAAUAUGUAUUCCUGUAUCUCAACGGUCCUCCCCCAACUGUCGUGUUUACACAGAGAGGUCGCCAAAUGAGGCAGGAGUGCCAGGCACACCUCGCAGGUGCUUCACCCUACGAUGUCAAGUUAGAAAGAAAAGUGUUUGCAUGUUUAAAAAUAACCUGUCGUAAAAAAAAAAAGAAUUUAUGAUCUUCGUUAUAUACAUGUCAGACUGUGCUUGAAGUUAGGUGCAGUGUCAUGUGACUCAUGUCUGGAGCUGAAAUGCCUCCCAUGCGUGCAGACCCACUCAUUUCACCCGACCGCGUGGAAUUUAUCAACACCGCACUUGGCGACCAAGGAAGCAAAGUUAGUGGGCACACUGUCACACAGACACUGACCCAUGAUGUGACAUGGGACACACCAACUAACAAAAGCUUCCGCCUUAGACCGCUAAAGCCCAGGUGUGGCUGCUCAGUUAGGUUCCCCAUUAGAUGCGCCCCUGGUUGCAGGGAGCCUGCAGGUCUGAUCUUGUCCAGUGAUAUGGUCGAUAACGUGGUGAAGCUAGCUCAACCCAAGCUAUCCCAGCCCCUGUUUUUAUUUUCACACAAAGAUACAGGAGCAAGCCCCUGUUCUAUUUCACCCUGAAGUGCGUUGACUGGCAAAGGACACGUUUUGUCAAAAGUUUACAAGCUAAAGAUCGAAGAGGAGAGCUGUGUGAAUAAUUUUACCUUCUUGUUCUUGUCUAGGAUGGUUAUUGGCUGAAAAAUGGAUUACUGGACUGACACUUUAGAGCAUUUAAAUGAAUGUAAAAAAAAUAUUUUGAGGACCUUGUGGAAAUACGUGUAGUGAGUGAAUGUGUAACUUUGAAGCAAAAUCUAACUUUGGAAAAAUAAGUGAUUUAGUGAUAUGUUUGGUCAGUGUUAAUUUUGAGUCCUAAAUAAAAUGAAUGAGAACAUAUGGAUCAA